AUGUUGCAAAAACUGUGGGGCUUACCGCAAGAAAAUAAUCGUGGUGGUGAUGAUGGUGGACCUCCUUCUCAUCAUGAUGAAUUAUAUUCUUCUUCAUCUCCGCCUCACAUCCUUCCGCCAGCACAACAACAUUCUCCUUCAUUCCAUCUUCCCCAUAUUAAAGUUCUUAGCCUUCCCGAAGAGCUUCAAAUUUACAUCAUUCAAUUUUGUACUCCUUUGGAACGUUUUAAAGUCAUUUGCAGAAUAUCUAGACAUUUCUAUCACCUAAUUUUCUCCCACAGAGGAUGGAGCUGCAUUGUAAACACCUCUUCGCAACAUCAUUCAUCAUCCAUUGGUUUUGCACCUCACAUCAAGCAUGUUUCUAGUUGCAUCUUUGAUUGUGCAUGGUUCUUGAAGAAGAAAAAACUUCGAACUCUUGCCGUUGGAGGAAUUGAUAUUUCUAAUAAUACAAGUGGAGUAACAGCAUCCACUUCAUUGGGAAGAAAGAGAAAAGCAAUUCUACAGGCUCGUCUGCCUUCGAAUAAUAUUUCCUCCGUGGAUUCAACCACACAUGAAGAUGUAACCAUUGAAAACUUAUUUAGCAAGUGUAAUUUUGAACAUAUUGAAGUGAAUUGCUCGCCCAUGACCAGUACACGUCUCUUAUUAAGAUAUGCAAGAACAUACUGUAACUUUUUAAAAACAUUGAUCUUUGGCUACAGCUAUCAGUUGGACAUUCGUGACCUCAUUGAGCAGAUUUUGAUUCCCUUCUCCUCACAACUAGAAACUCUCAAAUUUAAUUUUCAAUACGACUCUAUUAUUGUGUAUGAUGGUGCAAACCUUUCUCCCACAACAAUCACUGAUAUACAUGUGCAGCCUCCUCAAUUACUCUUUUCCCCAAAAGGUGUUCCUUUUUUUGCUCCUGUGGUCACAAACAACACAUCCGACGUCAGUAUUACUGGAAAUAGUAACCAACAUGUUGGUUGUGUUGGUGGCUCGUCAUCUGCAACGACCUUCCGCCCUCCAUCCAUGUCAAUGACUGGAAUUCACAUUUUCAAGCCAGAAUUUGAACUAGUUAAGCUCAAAAUCCUUGAUCUCUACAUUGGUAACACAGCUCCAAUUGCUAAACAGUUUUUCCUAAAGAUAUGCCAAUCAGCACCCAAUCUUAGAGUUUGCAAGCUAAGAGGCGAUAUCCAGAAAGAAAUGCUUCUCUCCCUCUCCAAGUACUGCAAAUACUUGGAAGUUUUAAUACUCUAUGACACUGGAAAGCAACGCCUUACCGAUGACUCGAUCAGUGAAAUGUUAAAACUUGGAGGAGCCUUCAACAGUAGUCUGCGAGUGCUUUCCAUGCUUUGCCCCUCGCUCACACUUCGCUCUGUGGCGUUAAUUACCAAGUUCUGCAAAAAUUUGCAGUAUUUUGCAAUUAGAAGUGUCACUAUUAGCAACCGUGCCAAUUCGGAUUUCAUCACUUUCCACAAUUUAGAUCAACUUAAAGUAUUGAAGAUUAAGGACGAAAUUACAAUACCUGGACUAGUCACCGAACGGCUUGUGAGGUGCUUGCCAUCAGACAUUGAGCACGUAAAAUUGCCAUCUCCCAAAGAAGAAGAACAUUCUCCCUUCUCGUUAUCCAGUAGCGACAUUUCCUUCAAAAAAUUGAAAGCUCUUCAUUUAGCCAGAAUUUCUUCAGAAACAGUGCCGAGAUUCUUCCUUGAAGGAUGUGCAGAAAAUCUACGAGAAUUGAAGCUUUCGGUGGUGGAUGAUGUUCAUUGUAACAUUAUUGAAUUGAUGAAACAUUUUGUUCCACAACUUGGAAACUUGACCUCGCUCACUUUAGAUCUUGGUGAAUUUGAUGCGACUCUAUUCACUGUUCUUUCUCAUCUUGGAAAUUUAAAAAGACUUACUAUCAAGACUAGAGGAAAUAUCGACAAGUAUGAUGCUGAAUUGGGAUGGAAGUUGAAAAGAUUUCCUCAUCUCACGGAUAUGGUUGUGCACAGUAGUGUAGUGUCACAAUUCUUUACCGAUAAUUAUAUCAUAAGUCUUAAUAAUCUCAUAAUGAUGUGGUUAGCAUGUCCUGUGCAAUGUAAAUUGCACAUUGAUCAUGAAGAGUUAUCUGAGGAAGAUCUUCUUAAUAUUUCAGCAGAGAAUGUGACAUAUUGUUGUGACCAAUAUAUUAAUGACCAUUUGGAAAAUUUGAGUUUGGACGAAAAGAAUGCAAUGAAAAAGGAAAUUAUGCUUCGUCUUGCGAAUGAUAUUCAUCAUGAUUACAAGCUUGUCGGUCCAAAACCAAACAUUCUUUUGCAAAAGCAUUUUAUGGGAGCAUGUAGCAGCGUGAUUUAUUGA